AAAAUCUCAAGCAAGACAAAACUUCUGAAAGUAUAAACCGGUACUUUAGUAAAACUUGUUUUUUAGAUUUCUUGAUUGGUGUGUUCAGUGUUGUAUGUUGACUUGCGAUCUUCAUUUACAAACGUGUCUGCAACGCAACUACCAUUAUCCACUGAUUCCUUCCCUCCUUUCACUUUGCUUUGUGUACCAGUAGAAUUUUUGUGAUUUUUCUAAUUACGUCCUGUAACUUCUCAUGAGUACUAAAUUUUUUCCCGAUAGAUACGAAUCUAAAGUUUCAAACAUGUUGCGGGGAAUUAAAAUUUGGAAUUCCAAAGGCUUCACUCUGGAGCCCUAUAUUACAUCACUUCAACUGGUCAGCAAUUAUACCUCAACAAAACCAGCUCCAAACUCACAAAAUUUACCCCAACUUCCUGUACCAAAACUUGAAGAUACUGUGAAUAAGUAUUUAAAAACUGUACGACCUUUCCUUAAUGAGAAUGAGUUUUCCAAUACUUCUAAACUUAUGAAUAACUUUGCUUCUGAGGGUGGUAUUGGCCAGAAGCUACAGAGUUUGUUAGAAAAUAGAGCUACUAAGCACAUAAAUUGGCUUGAAGAAUGGUGGUUAAACACUGCUUAUUUGGAAUACCGUGAUCCGGUCGUAGUAUUCUCUAGUCCCGGCUUAGUUUUCCCAUUACGAAAAUUUAAUAAUCAAACUGAACAAUUGGAAUAUGCUGCUAAAACAUUGCUCGCAGCUGUCAACUAUAAAUCCCUCAUAGAUAAUGACAAAAUACCCUUAGAAAUGAUGGGAAAGAGUCCAUUGGAUAUGUCGCAGUAUAAGAAAAUAUUUGGUACUUGUCGCAUACCACAGCCUAAGAGAGAUAAGCUGUCUUUCAAUGAUAGCAAAUAUGUCACUGUUAUUCAUAAUAAUCACCUGUUUCACUUAGACAUCUGGGGCAGUGACGAUAAAAAAUUGAGUUGUGGUCAAAUAGUUCAAGGACUGAAAAAAAUUGUAGACUCAUCGGCGUCUCCCGCUAAAGAUGCAGUUGGGAUCCUUACCUCGGAAAAUAGAGAUAAUUGGGCCAAGGCUUAUGAGCUUUUAAGUAAAGAUGAAAGCAACCGCCGUAGUCUAGCAGACGUAGAGCGUAGUAUUGCAGUGUUAUGUCUGGAUAAUGCUAGUGGCGUGUGGAAGGCCGAUGAAAGCGCUAGACGAUCUUUGGCGGGCGCUCAUACGAUACACGGCGCUGGCGCAUCCGCUAAUGGUGGGAACAGGUGGUUCGAUAAAACUGUACAGUUCAUAGUUGGCGCUGAUGGUAUAACAGGCCUGACAUACGAACAUUCCCCAGCAGAAGGACAACCUAUUGCUGUAUUGACUGAUUUUAUUAUUAAUUAUAUUGAUAAGAACACUGAGAGUGAAGAGUCAUCAUCGUCGCCAAUAGAACCCGUACAACUAAAGUUCAAUAUUAACAGUGAUGUAUCAAAGAUGAUAGACGAAGCUAAAAAUAAUUUGAACAAGUUAGUAGCAGAUCUAGAAUUGAACUGUUUCAAAUUCGACAAAUAUGGAAAGAACUUUAUAAAGACGCAGAAACUCAGUCCGGACAGUUAUUUGCAAAUGGCAAUGCAGUAUGCAUUUUACAGACUACACAAAACUCCCGGCGCUCACUACGAGUCAGCGGCGACUCGUAUGUACGCGGGGGGACGUACUGAGACCAUUCGUUCGUGUUCUAUCGAGUCCAUAGAGUUUGCUAAGACUAUGUUACACCCACAAGCAACACCGAAGGAUAAACUAAAUGCUCUGAAGAAUGCUGUUAACACGCACAAAAAUUAUACUGUCAUGGCGCUACAAGGCCUGGGAGUGGACAGACAUCUCUUGGGCCUUAAAUUGACGGCUUUGGAGCAUGGUAUAGAGCUACCACCAAUUUACGCAGACCUGGGAUACACUCGGAGUGCACAUAUGAGGAUAUCGACGAGUCAGGUCGCCUGCAAAUGCGAUGGUUUCAUGUGUUACGGACCGUUGGUGAGUGAUGGUUACGCCACGUGCUAUAAUCCACGCGAUUCUGACGUUAAUUUCGCUACUUCCGCGUUCCGGAGACAUCCCGAUACAUCCUGUGACGCAUAUCGUAGUGCUCUAGAAAACUCAUUGCAGGAUAUGCAUGAUGUUCUCGUGCAAAACACGCAAUCAAAACUCUAAAAAAUCUUCGUUGACUACCCAAUAUACUUUUUGACUCGUCACGUUGACAGUCUUCAACUUUUUAACUAUUUAAAAUACUUUUUUACUUUUUAUUUAAUAGUACUACUUACUUACUUAAAAUGCAUACUUAAAAAAUUCAAGAAAAUAUAAUACACAUAUCUACAAUUAAUGAUCAUAGCAAUUACUAACUAGAAAGGAAAAAAACAGAGGCAAUCAGCAGAGAUUAACUCAAUAUUUUGCGCAUGUGUAAAAUAUUAAAAGAAUUGUAACAGAUCCAUUAAAAUAGAGAAUAUUUUUUGUGUAGAAAGCCAAAAUGUGUUCAAGAUAUCUGGAUUCAAAAUCACUCUAAUUCCCGUAAAAGUAUUCUUUACUCUUGCGCGAUAUAUUAAUAUAACAUUUUAUUUCUAUUUACUAACAAUUAUACUAAAAUAGUUUUUAUAUGUGCAAUUAUACUAUAACUAUAUAAUUAAAAU